GCCAUGUCCAUACUGCCAUUCCAUGUGUCACCAAGAAUGGCAGCUAAAUAAUUAAUGAAUUGCCUAUGUUGACCUGAUCUGCCUGUCCCCAACAAAACGGAAGCCCCGCACUAGAUUGCGACGGUGUUGGAGACUUCGGAAAGCGUCGGUGCGUGCCAUGGACACCGACAAGUUGGGAGAAGCGGCGGCGGCGCAUCCGCCGGAGGCAGAGAAGCGCCGUGGAGUGGCCGCGCCGGGCGCCGCCACGGUGUUGGUCCUCGUCGCGCUGCCGCUGAUGCUCGUGUCCUACUUCUUUGGCGACCUCGCCGCCGACACCGUUGUCCGCCUCCAUCGCUUCAAAGAAUCGUCGUUGUCUUCGUCGUCACCGGCGGCGGCGGCAGACCGGCUCCUCGGCGGGCUUCUCUCGCCGGAGUUCGACGAGGCGUCGUGCCUCAGCCGGUACGAGGCCUCUUCGCGGUGGAAGCCGUCGCCGUUCCGGGUCUCCCCCUACCUGGUCGAGCGGCUGCGGCGGUACGAGGCCAACCACCGGCGGUGCGGCCCGGGCACCGCGCGCUACCGGGACGCCGUCGCGCGGCUCCGGUCCGGCGACGGCGACGGCGACGCCGAGUGCAGGUACGUUGUGUGGCUCCCCAUCCAGGGCCUCGGCAACCGGAUGCUCAGCCUCGUCUCCACCUUCCUCUACGCGCUCCUCACCGGCCGCGUCGUGCUCGUCCACGAGCCGCCGGAGAUGGAGGGCCUCUUCUGCGAGCCCUUCCCGGGGACCUCGUGGCUGCUUCCGCCGGACUUCCCCUACAAGGGCGGCUUCUCCGCCGCGUCGAACGAGAGCUACGUCAACAUGCUCAAGAACGGCGUCGUCCGCCACGACGGCGACGGCGGCGCGCUGCCGCCGUACGUGUACCUCCACCUGGAGCAGAUACAUCUCCGGCUGCAGAACCACACGUUCUGCGAGGAGGACCACCGGGUGCUCGACCGGUUCAACUGGAUGGUGCUCAGGUCCGACAGCUACUUCGCCGUGGCGCUGUUCCUCGUGCCGGCGUACCGCGCCGAGCUCGACCGGAUGUUCCCGGCGAAGGGGUCGGUGUUCCACCACCUCGGCAGGUACCUCUUCCAUCCGGGCAACCGCGCGUGGGGCAUCGUCGAGAGGUUCUACGACGGGUAUCUCGCCGGCGCCGACGAGCGCCUCGGCAUCCAGGUGCGCAUCGUGCCGCAGAUGGCCGUCCCGUUCGACGUCAUGUACGAGCAGAUCCUCCGGUGCACGCGGGAGCACGGCCUCCUUCCCCAGGUGACGAGCACCAGCGAAUCGGCCGGUGGCCGGCCGCCGCCACCGCCGACGGCGACGGCGACGAAGGUGAAGGCCGUGCUGGUGGUGUCGCUGAAGCGGGAGUACUACGACAAGCUGCACGGCGCGUACUACACGAACGCGACGGCGAGCGGCGAGGUGGUGGCGGUGUACCAGCCGAGCCACGACGGGGACCAGCACACGGAGGCGCGGGCGCACAACGAGCGCGCCCUGGCGGAGAUCUACCUGCUCAGCUUCUCCGACGCGGUGGUGACCACGGCGUGGUCGACGUUCGGGUACGUGGCGCACGCGCUCGCCGGCGUGCGGCCGUGGCAGCUGGCGCCGCUGGACUGGGGCAAGAUGAGGGCCGACGUGGCGUGCGCGCGGCCGGCGUCGGUGGAGCCGUGCCUGCACUCGCCGCCGCCGCUCGUCUGCCGGGCGCGGCGGGAUCGCGACCCGGCGGCGCAUCUGCCGUUCUUGCGACAUUGCGAGGAUGUGCCUGCCGGUCUCAAGCUGUUCGAUUGAGUUGGCUUGAGCUAUAACAUCUUUGCUUCAUAUAUAUAUUUUUUUUUGGAAAUACAAAGAGAAACUUUUGGGUGGGAUGCCAACAAUAGUAAAACCAUUUAUGCCUCCUUUGGAAUGGAUGAAUUUUAAAGGAAUUUUGAAGGAAUUGAAUUAGAUUCUAUGAAAUUCAUUCGUUCCAAAGGAGCCCCUUAUGCUGAAAUGGAGCUGAGGAGCUGAUAA